AUGUUUAUUUGGCGACUCCUGAAGGGUAUUGUGCCAACUAAAGGUGCUCUUCGACGUAGGGCAGUGCCCACUCAUCUAGAAUGUGUGUUUUGUCAAGGUGCUGAAGAAGAUGAUUUGCAUGUAUUCAAGGAUUGUGGAAUUGUUUCUAGCUUUUGGGCCCUCAGUGACUUGGGUCAAAUGGCUACAAGGGUGAGUGCUGUAAGCUUGGAUGAUUGGAUAAAGAAUGGCUUUUUAAAUGCACCUAAUGUUACAGAGUGGGGAGUAAAGUAUUUGCACGACUACCAACAGGUUCAUCUGCAUGUGAAGAUCAAAAAUAGACGGGCAGGUGCUAAAUGGAAGAACCCCCCUUCUGGAACGCUUAAAGUUAAUGUUGAUGGAAGCUACAGGUCUGAGUUGGGAGAUAGUGGAAUCGGGGUAGUUGUUUGUGAUGAACAGGGUACAUGCUUGGCAGUCAUGGCGAGAUAUUUUCCUAAAGUGCUUUCUACGUUUCAUAUGGAAGCAGAAUCCUUUAAGGCAAGCCUUCUCUUGGCUAUCUACCAAGGGUGGGAUGAAUUUGAAAUUGAAAGUGAUUGCUCACUGAUGGUUGCUGCUUUGACCCAGAAUGCGGAAGACAGGUCUGAUGUUGGGUGCAUUAUCGAUGAUUGUAAGUCAUAUAUGGCAUCUUUACACUCAAUUAGAUUUCUCAUGUCUUUAGAGAAGCAAAUGGUGUAG